AUGACAGACGCCGAGAAACUCGAACCUCCCAAGGUGGCUCCCAGCGAGGACCCAGGUGCCCGCGAGCUGGCCGAGGAGUCUGAAUCCGAAGACCAGUUCACGGACGCUCAAUCCGAUGCCGCGAGCUCGAAGCUCAACUCGCCGGUCCCCAAGACCCGGGUCGAGAGGGUCGAUGACCAGCCAUCAUACGGCGAAGUCCCCGGAACUCCAGCAUACGCCCUGCGGGAACAAGAUGCCCAACCUGACGAGAUCGCGAUUGCCCCCGAAGAAACACCAUCCCGGGAUGCCUCGUUGACCCCUGAAAUCAAUGCUCCCACAACCAUUGUAGAGGAGGCCCCAGGGCCAAGAAGCCGCUCGCACUCGAUUCAAUACGAGGAGAGGCGCAGAGCAGACGCUUCCCCAGAUAUCGUUGUGGAUUCCGAUGGUCAGGUCAGGGAGAUUCAGGGCGAGAGCAUAACUGGCGAAAGCGCUGCUGAUAACCCAUCACCUGAAUCACCCGAUUCCCCGGCCUCGCAGUCAAAAGAGGAAGAGCCGUCCGAGAAGCCCAUCACUGUAGCCGCGCCUGUACCAGCUGGUGACAGCGAUGAAGCUGAAGAGGAGGAUGAGGAGGAAGAUGGUGAUGAAGACGAUUUCGGAGACGAUUUCGACGACUUUGAGGAGGGCAACGAAGAUGACGACUUCGAUGAUUUCGAGGACGGUUUCCAGCAGGCAGAAGCUCCGGCACCUGCUCCUUCACAAGGAACUCUCCCACAACAACCUACGUUACCAUUCCCUAUACCCGACUUUGACGGACUUGACCCCGAAGGAGUUAUAGCAACCUUGGAACCAUACCUCGCAGCCUUGUUCCCACCCGAGGAACUUGAUCUUCCCCCUUUCCCUCCCCUGUCUAAAGACUCGUCUGUCUUCUUCACACCUCGCUCCGCAUCUCUCUGGUCUCAACUCGUCGCUCCUCCACCUCUCGCCCCCCCUGACUGGAUCCGCUCCCGCACACGGCGCCUCUUCCUCGUAUCACUUGGCGUCCCCGUGGACCUUGACGAGAUCCUACCGGCCUCGAAGCAAAAGAAGCUUGUCCUCCCAUCCCUCAACGUUCGCACCGCCUCCCCACGCAACUCUAGCGAGUCCCGAUCGGUGUCUCGGCUACGGCAGGGCGAAGGUAACAAUUCGUCCACAUCGGUCGAUACUCAAGGGAAGCCCUCGGCCUCGAAGAAGCGCAGGGGCCCUCCCCCGCAACCGGAGCUGGAUCUCGUGGCUGCCCGGCACCUGUGUAUGACGACAGACGAGGCGCUCAACGGCAUGACCGACCAGGAACUCAAAGCCCACAUUGCCAAGCUACAAGGCUUAGAGGGAGCGGCAAAGGAGGCACUAGAAUACUGGCAGAAGCGGACGGACGAAAAGAUUGGCGAUAGGGAAGCCUUCGAGGGGGUGAUAGAAAACCUGGUCAAGCACGCGCGCAAGGUACGGAAAUAG